GUGAUGACGCACGCCCCCAUCCGCUCGCGACGGAGCCGCGUCACCGGUGUUCGGCGCUCACCUCCUGGAGACCGCAGCCGCUGUAGGCCCCAGAGCUGGCCUGCCGUUCCCGGGGAGCCUGGUCGGCGGCGCGAUGAGGCGCAGCAAGGCCGAGGUGGAGCGAUACAUCGCCUCCGUGCAGGGCUCCGCCCCGUCGCCCCGAGAGAAGUCAAUGAAAGGAUUUUAUUUUGCAAAGCUGUACUAUGAAGCUAAAGAAUAUGAUCUUGCUAAAAAAUACAUUUCUACGUAUAUUAAUGUGCAAGAGAGAGACCCUAAAGCCCACAGAUUUUUGGGUCUUCUUUAUGAAGUCGAAGAAAAUAUAGACAAAGCUGUAGAAUGUUACAAGCGUUCAGUGGAAUUAAACCCAACACAAAAAGAUCUUGUGUUGAAGAUUGCAGAAUUGCUUUGUAAAAAUGAUGUGACCGAUGGAAGAGCAAAAUACUGGGUUGAAAGAGCAGCCAAACUUUUUCCAGGAAGUCCUGCCAUUUAUAAAUUAAAGGAACAACUUUUAGAUUGUAAAGGUGAAGAUGGAUGGAAUAAACUUUUUGACUUGAUUCAGUCAGAACUUUAUGCAAGACCUGAUGAUGUUCAUGUAAAUAUCCGACUAGUAGAACUUUAUCGUUCAAAUAAAAGAUUGAAGGAUGCUGUGGCUCACUGUCACGAGGCAGAUAGGAACACAGCUUUACGUUCAAGUUUAGAAUGGAAUUCAUGUGUUGUACAAACUCUUAAGGAAUAUCUGGAGUCUCUGCAGUGUUUGGAUUCUGAUAAAAGUACUUGGAGAGCAACCAACAAAGACUUACUUCUAGCCUAUGCAAACCUUAUGCUACUUACACUUUCCACCAGAGAUGUGCAGGAAAGUAGAGAACUACUGGAAAGUUUUGACAGUGCUCUUCAGUCUGUGAAAUCUUCUGUGGGUGGGAAUGACGAGCUGUCAGCUGCUUUCCUGGAAGCGAAAGCACAUUUCUACAUGCAUGUUGGCUCCCUUCUUUUGAAGAUGGGUCAGCAGAGUGACAUCCAGUGGCGAGCUCUUUCUGAGCUGGCUGCAUUGUGCUAUCUUGUAGCAUUUCAGGUUCCAAGACCAAAGGUUAAAUUAAUAAAAGGAGAAGCUGGACAAAAUCUACUGGAAACGAUGGCCCACGAUCGCCUUAGCCAGUCAGGGCACAUGUUGCUAAACUUAAGUCGUGGCAAGCAAGACUUUCUAAAGGAAGUUGUGGAAUCCUUUGCUAACAAAAGUGGCCAGUCUGCUCUCUGUGAUGCUCUGCUUUCCAGUCAGUCAUCCAAGGAGAGAUCUUUUCUUGGUAGUGAUGAUAUUGGAAACCUUGAUGGACAAGUGCCAGACCCUGAUGACUUGGCUAGAUAUGAUACUGGUGCUGUUCGAGCACAUAAUGGUAGUCUUCAGCACCUUACCUGGCUUGGCUUACAAUGGAAUUCACUGCCUACUUUACCAGCAAUUCGAAAAUGGCUAAAACAGCUCUUCCACCAUUUGCCUCAGGAGACAUCAAGGCUGGAAACAAAUGCACCUGAAUCAAUAUGUAUUUUAGAUCUUGAAGUAUUCUUACUUGGAGUUAUAUAUACCAGUCACUUACAGUUAAAGGAGAAGUGUAAUUCUCACCACACUUCCUAUCAACCAUUGUGUUUGCCACUUCCUGUGUGCAGACAGCUUUGUACAGAAAGACAGAAGACCUGGUGGGAUGCAGUGUGUACUCUGAUUCACAGAAAGGCAUUACCUGGAACCUCAGCAAAAUUGCGGCUUCUAGUUCAACGUGAAAUAAACAGUCUGAGAGGCCAGGAAAAGCAUGGCCUUCAACCUGCUCUGCUUGUGCAUUGGGCACAGAGUCUUCAGAAAACAGGCAGCAGUCUUAAUUCCUUUUAUGAUCAACGGGAAUACAUAGGCAGAAGUGUUCAUUAUUGGAGGAAAGUUUUACCAUUGUUGAAGAUGAUCAGAAAGAAGAAUAGUAUUCCUGAACCUAUUGAUCCCCUGUUUAAACAUUUCCAUAGUGUGGAUAUUCAGGCAUCUGAAAUUGGUGAAUAUGAAGAAGAUGCACACAUAACUUUUGCUAUAUUGGAUGCUGUUAAUGGAAAUAUAGAAGAUGCCAUGACUGCUUUUGAAUCUAUUAAAAAUGUAGUUUCUUAUUGGAAUCUUGCAUUGAUUUUUCACAGGAAAGCAGAAGACAUUGAAAAUGAUGCCUUGUCUCCUGAAGAUCAAGAAGAAUGCAAAAAUUAUCUGAGAAAGACUAGGGACUACCUGAUAAAAAUUUUAGAUGAUAGUGAUUCAAAUAUUUCUGUGGUUCAGAAAUUGCCUGUUCCCCUUGAGUCUGUAAAAGAGAUGCUGAACUCAGUUAUGCAGGAACUUGAAGACUACAGUGAAGGAGGUCCUCUUUAUAAAAACGGUUGCUUGCGAAGUGCUGAUGCAGACUUAAAGCAUUCAACACCAUCUCCUACCAAAUAUUCUCUAUCACCAAGUAAAAGUUACAAGUAUUCUCCAAAAACACCACCUCGAUGGGCAGAAGAUCAAAAUUCUUUACUGAAAAUGAUCUGCCAGCAAGUAGAGGCCAUUAAGAAAGAAAUGCAGGAAUUGAAGUUAAAUAGCAAUAACUCUGCAUCCCCUCAUCGCUGGCCGACAGAACAUUAUGGACAAGACCCAGCUCCUGAUGGGUAUCAGGGGUCACAAACUUAUCAUGGGGCUCCACUAACAGUUGCAACUACUGGCCCGUCAGUAUAUUAUAGUCAGUCACCUGCAUAUAAUUCCCAGUAUCUUCUCAGACCAGCUGCUAAUGUAACUCCCACAAAGGGCCCAGUUUAUGGCAUGAAUAGGCUUCCACCCCAACAACAUAUUUAUGCAUAUUCCCAACAGAUGCACACACCUCCAGUGCAAAGUUCAUCUGCUUGUAUGUUCUCUCAGGAAAUGUAUGGUCCUCCCUUGCGUUUUGAGUCUCCUGCAACAGGAAUUCUAUCACCCAGGGGUGAUGAUUAUUUUAAUUACAAUGUUCAACAGACAAGCACAAAUCCACCUUUGCCAGAACCAGGGUAUUUCACAAAGCCUCCACUUGUGGCUCAUGCUCCAAGGUCAGCAGAAUCAAAGGUUAUAGAAUUUGGAAAAUCCAAUUUCGUUCAGCCCAUGCAGGGUGAAGUAAUAAGACCACCUUUAACAACACCAGCACAUACAGCACAGCCAACUCCCUUUAAAUUUAACUCAAAUUUCAAAUCAAAUGAUGGUGACUUCACAUUUUCAUCACCACAGGUAGUGACACAGCCUCCUUCAACAGCUUAUAGUAAUAGUGAAAGUCUUUUAGGUCUCCUGACUUCAGACAAACCUUUACAAGGAGAUGGCUAUAGUGGACUAAAACCAAUAGCUGGUCAAGCUAGUGGGUCUCGGAAUACAUUCAGUUUUGGAAGCAAAAAUACACUUACAGAAAACAUGGGCCCAAAUCAGCAGAAGAAUUUUGGUUUUCGUCGAAGUGAUGACAUGUUUACUUUUCAUGGUCCAGGGAAGUCCAUGUUUACAACACCUGCUUCAGAGCUGGCAAAUAAAAGUCAUGAAACAGAUGGAGGAAGUGCUCAUGGGGAUGAGGAGGAUGAUGGUCCUCACUUUGAGCCUGUGGUACCUCUUCCUGACAAGAUAGAAGUAAAAACUGGUGAGGAAGAUGAAGAAGAAUUCUUUUGCAAUCGUGCAAAGUUGUUCCGUUUUGAUGGUGAAUCCAAAGAAUGGAAGGAACGUGGGAUAGGCAAUGUAAAAAUACUAAGGCAUAAAACAUCUGGUAAAAUUCGCCUUCUGAUGAGACGAGAGCAAGUAUUAAAGAUCUGUGCAAAUCAUUACAUAAGCCCAGAUAUGAAACUGACACCAAAUGCUGGCUCAGAUAGAUCUUUUGUAUGGCAUGCCCUUGAUUAUGCAGAUGAAUUGCCAAAACCGGAACAGCUUGCAAUUAGAUUCAAAACUCCUGAGGAAGCAGCACUAUUUAAGUGUAAAUUUGAAGAGGCCCAGAACAUUUUAAAAGCUGUAGGAACAAAUGCAUCUACAGCACCAAAUCAUACUCCUAGAAUUGUAAAAGAACCUGCAACUGUGGGUAGCAAAGAUAUUUGCAAAUCUGAUGGUGGAAACUUGAAUUUUGAAUUCCAGAUUGUAAAGAAGGAAGGACCUAGCUGGAAUUGUAACAGCUGCUCGUUUAAGAAUGCUGCAACUGCUAAGAAAUGUGUAUCAUGCCAGAAUACAAACCCAACCAAUAACAAAGAGCUCCUAGUUGAAAAUGGCUUUGCUCCUAAAACUGGCCCGGAAAAUGCUCAAGAUCGAUUUACAUUGAUGACUUCAAAUAAAGAAGGUCAUUGGGAUUGCAGUGUUUGUUUAGUAAGAAAUGAACCUACUGCAUCUAGGUGCAUUGCAUGUCAGAACACAAAGUCUGCUAACAAAAAUGGGUCUUCUUUUGUUCAAACUUCUUUUAAAUUUGGUCAGGGAGAUCUUCCUAAGUCUGUUGACAGUGACUUCAGAUCUGUCUUUUCUAAAAAAGAAGGUCAGUGGGAAUGCAGUCAGUGCCUAGUUGGAAAUGAAAGAAGCUCUACAAAGUGUGUUGCUUGUCAGACCCCAGGAAAACAGGCAAAAAAAUGGGAUUGUAGUUCGUGCUCAACGAGAAAUGAAGCAAAUGCUGUAAAAUGUGUUGCUUGUCAUAAUCCUGUUAAACCAAGUUCAUCUGCUGCACUUCCCUCUUUCAAGUUUGGUACCUCAGAGAUGAGUAAGCCUUCCAGGAGUGGAUUUGAGGGUAUGUUUGCCAAGAAGGAAGGACAGUGGGAUUGUACCAUGUGUUUUAUCCGAAAUGAAGCCAGUGCUACUCAGUGUAUUGCUUGUCAGAAUCCAAAUAAGCAGAAUCAUCCUACAUCUUCUGUGUCAGCUCCUGCCUCCUCAGAAACAAGCAAAUCUCCAAAGAGUGGAUUUGAAGGCUUGUUCACCAAAAAGGAAGGAGAGUGGGAAUGUGCUGUUUGUUCUCUACAAAAUGAGAGCUCUUCCCUAAAAUGUGUGGCUUGUGAUGCCUCCAAGCCAACUCAUAAGCCUAAUGUAGACGCUCCUUCAGCUUUCACAGUGGGCUCAAAAUCACAGUUAAAUGAACCUGCAGGAAGUCAAGUGGGAACAGAAUUCAAAAGUAGCUUUCCAGAAAAGAAUUUUAAAGUUGGCAUUUCAGAGCAGAAAUUUAAAUUUGGGCAUGUGGAUCAAGAAAAAGCACCUUCCUUUGCCUUUCAGAGUGGUUCUAAUACAGAAUUUAAGUCAAUCAAGGAUGGAUUUAGUUUUUGCAUUCCUGUAUCUGCUGAUGGGUUUAAAUUCGGCAUUCAGGAAAAGGGAAAUCAAGAGAAGAAGAGUGAAAAACCUCUUGAAAAUGAUCCUAGUUUCCAAGCUCAUGAUAUUAGUGGCCAGAAGAAUGGUAGUGGUGUGAUCUUUGGUCAGACAACCAGCACCUUCACCUUUGCAGAUCUUGCAAAGUCAACUUCAGGAGAAGGAUUUCAAUUUGGCAAGAAAGACCCCAAUUUCAAGGGAUUUUCAGGUGCAGGAGAAAAAUUAUUCUCAUCACAAAGUGGCAAAGUGGCUGAAAAAGCAAACACGUCUUCUGAUCUUGAGAAAGAUGAUGAUGCCUAUAAGACUGAGGACAGUGAUGACAUCCAUUUUGAGCCAGUAGUGCAGAUGCCGGAAAAGGUGGAACUAGUGACAGGAGAAGAAGAUGAAAAAGUUUUGUAUUCACAAAGGGUGAAAUUAUUUAGAUUUGAUGCUGAGAUAAGUCAAUGGAAAGAAAGAGGUUUGGGGAAUUUAAAAAUUCUCAAAAAUGAAGUCAAUGGUAAACUAAGAAUGCUGAUGCGAAGAGAACAAGUGCUAAAAGUUUGUGCCAAUCAUUGGAUAACCACUACAAUGAACCUGAAGCCUCUCUCAGGGUCAGAUAGAGCGUGGAUGUGGCUAGCUAGUGAUUUCUCAGACGGUGAUGCGAAACUGGAACAACUGGCUGCAAAGUUUAAGACGCCAGAGCUAGCUGAAGAAUUCAAGCAGAAAUUUGAGGAGUGUCAACGACUUCUCUUAGACAUUCCACUUCAGACACCCCAUAAACUUGUAGAUACUGGCAGGGCAGCUAAAUUAAUACAGAGAGCUGAGGAAAUGAAGAGCGGACUGAAAGAUUUCAAAACAUUUUUGACAAAUGAUCAAGUAAAGGUCACUGAUGAAGAGAACACAAGUUCAGGGGCAGAUGCUUCCAGUACUUCAGACACUACAGUCAAGCAAAAUCCUGAUACCACUGGGCCUGCCUUAGAGUGGGAUAACUAUGACUUGCGGGAAGAUGCCCUGGACGACAGUGUCAGCAGCAGCUCAGUUCAUGCUUCUCCAUUGGCAAGCAGCCCUGUGCGGAAAAACCUCUUCCGCUUUGGUGAGUCAACUACAGGGUUUAACUUCAGUUUUAAAUCUGCUCUCAGUCCAUCUAAGUCUCCUGCCAAAUUGAACCAGAGUGGAACUUCAGUUGGCACUGAUGAAGAAUCUGAUGUUACUCAAGAAGAAGAGAGAGAUGGACAGUACUUUGAACCUGUUGUUCCCUUACCUGAUCUAGUUGAAGUAUCCAGUGGUGAGGAAAAUGAACAAGUUGUUUUUAGUCACAGAGCAAAACUUUACAGAUAUGAUAAAGAAGUCGGUCAAUGGAAAGAAAGAGGCAUUGGAGAUAUAAAGAUCUUACAGAAUUAUGAUAAUAAACAAGUUCGCAUCGUGAUGAGAAGGGACCAGGUAUUAAAACUUUGUGCCAAUCACAGAAUAACUCCAGAUAUGACUUUGCAAACUAUGAAAGGGACCGAAAGAGUGUGGGUGUGGACUGCAUGUGAUUUUGCAGAUGGAGAAAGAAAAAUAGAACAUUUGGCUGUUCGUUUUAAACUACAAGAUGUUGCAGACUCAUUUAAGAAAAUUUUUGAUGAAGCAAAAACAGCCCAAGAAAAAGAUUCGUUGAUAACACCUCAUGUUUCUCAUCUGAGCACCCCUAGAGAGUCACCAUGUGGCAAAAUUGCUAUUGCUGUUUUAGAAGAAACCACAAGAGAAAGGACAGAUUUAACUCAGGGAGAUGAAGUCAUAGAUACCAGUUCAGAAGCUGGGGAAACAUCUAGCACUUCAGAAACAACACCAAAAGCAGUGGUUUCUCCUCCUAAGUUUGUAUUUGGCUCAGAAUCUGUUAAAAGUAUUUUUAGUAGUGAAAAAUCAAAGCCAUUUGCAUUUGGCAACAGUUCAGCCACUGGUUCUUUGUUUGGAUUUAGUUUUAAUGCACCUUUGAAAAAUAGCAAUAGUGAAAUUACUUCAAUAGUCCAUAGUGGACCUGAAGGAAAAGUAGAACCUGACAAGUGUGAGCUGCUACAGAACUCAGACAUCAAGCAAUCUUCUGAUGGCAAAGUCAAAAAUCUCAGUGCCUUUUCAAAAGAGAACUCUUCAACUAGUUAUACAUUUAAAACACCAGAAACGGGAUUUAAUUUUAGCCUUUUUAAAUCUAAUCCAAUGGCCUUUUGGACCAGCAUCCCUACCUCACAACCUGAGAGCAAAGCACAAGAGAAGAGUAACCCUGAAGACCCCCCCUCAGAUCCCGAUGUUGUCAUUGUAUAUGAGCUCACUCCCACUCCUGAGCAGAAAGGCCUUGCCGAGAAACUCCUGCUUCCUUCAACUUUCUUCUGUUAUAAGAAUAGGCCUGGUUACGUUAGUGGAGAAGAGGAGGAUGAUGAAGAUUUUGAAAUGGCUGUCAAGAAGCUUAAUGGAAAACUCUAUCUGGAUGACUCAGAAAAACCACUGGAAGAAAAUCUAGCAGAUAAUGACAAGGAAUGUGUUAUUGUGUGGGAAAAGAAGCCAACAGUUGAAGAGAGAGCAAAAGCAGAUACUUUAAAGCUUCCACCUACAUUUUUCUGUGGAGUCUGCAGUGAUACUGAUGAGGACAAUGGAAAUGGGGAGGAUUUUCAGUCAGAGCUUCAAAAAGUCUGUGAAGCUCAGAAAUCCCAGAAUGAGAAAGUGACUGAUACAGUUGGCAUUGAGCAUAUAGUUGAGACUGAAGUAACAAACCCUGUUGAGUGUAAGUCUGAAGAACACGAUUCUGAUACCAAACAUAGUAGCUCAUCCCCUGUUUCUGGGACUAUGGACAAGCCCGUAGAUUUGUCCACUAGAAAAGAAACUGACAUGGAACUCCCAAGCAAAGGGGAAAGCAAGACUGUUUUGUUUGGAUUUGGAAGUGGUACAGGCCUAUCAUUUGCAGACUUGGCGUCAAGUAAUUCUGGAGAUUUUGCUUUUGGUACUAAAGAUAAAAAUUUCCAGUGGGCAAAUACUGGAGCAGCUGUGUUUGGAACACAGUCAACAAGUAAAGGUGGUGAGGAUGAAGAUGGCAGUGAUGAAGAUGUAGUUCAUAAUGAGGACAUCCACUUUGAACCUAUAGUCUCCUUACCAGAGGUAGAAGUGAAAUCUGGAGAGGAAGAUGAAGAAGUUUUGUUCAAAGAGAGAGCCAAACUUUAUAGAUGGGAUAGAGAUGUCAGUCAGUGGAAGGAGAGAGGUAUUGGAGAUAUAAAGAUUCUCUGGCAUACAAUGAAGAAUUAUUAUCGGAUCCUAAUGAGAAGAGACCAGGUUUUUAAAGUGUGUGCAAACCAUGUUAUUACCAAAGCCAUGGAAUUAAAACCUUUAAAUGUUUCAAACAAUGCUUUAGUCUGGACCGCCUCAGACUAUGCCGAUGGAGAAGCAAAAGUAGAACAGCUUGCAGUAAGAUUUAAGACAAAGGAAAUGACCGAGAGUUUUAAGAAAAAAUUUGAAGAAUGCCAACAAAAUAUAAUGAAAUUCCAGAAUGGACAAACAUCCCUUGCAGCAGAAUUAUCAAAGGACACCAAUCCUGUGGUGUUCUUUGAUGUUUGUGCAGAUGGUGAACCUCUAGGACGGAUAAUCAUGGAAUUAUUUUCAAAUAUUGUUCCUCAAACUGCUGAGAACUUCAGAGCAUUAUGCACUGGAGAGAAGGGCUUUGGUUUUAAGAACUCCAUUUUUCAUCGAAUAGUUCCAGAUUUUAUUUGCCAAGGGGGAGAUAUUACCAAAUACAAUGGAACAGGCGGACAGUCCAUUUAUGGAGAUAAAUUUGACGACGAAAACUUUGAUUUGAAACACACUGGUCCUGGCUUACUAUCCAUGGCCAACUGUGGCCAGAAUACCAACAGUUCUCAAUUUUUUAUAACACUGAAGAAAGCAGAACAUUUGGACUUUAAGCAUGUAGUAUUUGGGUUUGUUAAGGAUGGCAUGGAUACUGUGAGAAAGAUUGAAUCAUUUGGUUCUCCUAAAGGGUCUGUUAGUAGAAGAAUUUGUAUCACAGAAUGUGGACAGCUAUAAAAUAAUUUUUCACAGUGAGUUUUAUCUAUAUAAGCAGUUGAAUUGUUACAGCUUAAUUGUUACAGACAGUAUAGUAAUUAUGUUCACCUUUUAAAAACAGACAUUUCCGAUGUAUAAAUGUAAAAUUGUAGCUUAUAGCUGUUGUCACUUUUUAGUGUGUAAUAAUUGAUCUUGCAUGGUGUGAAAUAAAAGUUUAAACACUGGUGUAUUUCAGGUGUACUUAUUUUUAUGUACUCCUGACAUAUCUGUAUUAGAAUAGCUAAUACUAAUUUUGUUAAAAGCAAUAGAGUUUCCCAGACUAUUGAAGGAAUAUGAUAUAUGCAAUCUUAUUUAAAUUCCUGUUAAGAUAUCUGGACUUCCUGCAUGGUACUUAUCAUUGAAUAAGGGGACCACAAUGCAGAUAAUUUUAUUUUAGAUUUGAAAAUAUAUAUAUAGUAAUCCUAGCUAUUCUUGUGCUCAUUUAUGUAUAGACUCACUUAUGGAUGGAUAGAACCACAGAAGAUAGGAGUUAACCAAAGUGCUCUUCUGUAAUUUUUAUGCUCCUGUAUAGUUAAAAAUUAACUUUUAAGUAGGAUACUAUCUUUUCUUAAGAUAUGUUGUGCUCUUUUGAAGAUACUAAUUUUUACAUUUUAAAUAAGUUGAUCAUUUCCUUAGCUAGCUUUCUCUCCCUUUCCUUCCCAUCCUUCUCCUUUCUUUUCUUUCUUCCUUCUUACCAUUCACUUUUCUGUUACCUGUCUCUACUACCUCAGAAACUUCAGCUUGGUCCUGAUGAUAGAAUUGAAUUUUUCUCUAGUUCUUGUGAUAAAGUAUCAAUAUUUUUAAAAGAUCUCUACCAUGUUCUUUGGUUAAAGAUUUGCUUUAUAUUAGAUUGUUGCAGUACCUUUUUCUGGUGAAUUUUGUAGCAGAAAUAAAGUGAUAAUUGAUAACAGC